AUGCAAGGUGACUUGGAUGUAGAGUUGACAGUGCCCGGACUGUCAUUGAAUAGUUUUACGGGUCAGCUAGAUGCGACCCGCAAGCGUCAACGCCGAUUACGGGAAUUGGAGUUGGCUGCACGAAUAAUCCAAAGCCAUUGUAGACGAUUCCUGUGUCAACAACGUUGUGUUGAUCUCGUGCUCAAAACCGGAGGGCCGGGGUUAGUUCAAGGACCGCAAUUAGGGGUCCAGUUUCUGGACAAGGAAGGGGCUGAAGAGGCGAGGACUUGGAUCAACUGGGUGGUUUUAUUUGCCACUUUUUAUCCACUAAGUCUAUUGUACUACCGAGAGAAUGACUUUAGCCGGAUUCGAUCCACCGACUGUGGGAAUGACAAGGCGGACGUGUUAGCCGCCCUCCUACGCACCGGAAAGGCGCCGCCAAGACAACGAUCCUACUGGGUCAUGACCGAAGUCGUCCAGAACUGGGUCUCCGCCCACCGCCCGUCCGUCAACGUACAAAACAGUUUCCGUCUCCUGCCACCGUGCUGGGCACAAUUGAUUCAGGCCAUCCUGAACCUCUUACCGAAACAACUUGUUCUCGCCAAUCCAGCAGAACCACAUGACGGAAUUUUGCAACCUUCAACGACGCUCAAAUUCCUCACUCUCGCCUCCCAAUGUGUUGGACGGCCAGAUGCCCGGCUGCACGCUUGGACGGUUCAGUGCUUGGACCGUAUUGCUCAGCCUCUUGAACCGGAGGCGCUUGCCCAGCAGAGGGUUGCACAGCUGGCUGCUGUGCGGCAGGUUGCGUGUUCGUUCAACACUUGCUACGACGGUCUGGUGGUGAAGACCGUGGCGGAAGGUGUGUUGUGUCGACGACCGGGAUAUGGCCAGUUCAUGGUGGACGUCGUUGACGAGGACUUCUGGACGGUCUUGUGGCUGGCGAUGGCUCUCGUGUUGCGACCGAACCCCGACCCGAAGGCACCUGACCCGAAGGCACCUGACCCGAAGGCACCUGACCCGAAGGCGCCUGACCCGAAGGCACCUGACCCGAAGGCACCUGACCCGAAGGCACCUGACCCGAAGGCGCCUGACCCGAAGGUCACCGGCCAGAGAGUGGGCGGUCCGAGCAUGGGCCGUUUGAGGAUGGCUGCGGCAAGUGUGUUACAAGAGGCGAAUAACGGGUAUACGGAGGACACACACCCGUUGCGGCGCCUGUGGAGUUACGUACCGCCGGUGGGUGUGCGGCAAGAGUUGAGCGGCGGAGAGUCGGUGGUGUAUGUGGGUACGUUGGCGUUGGUAGACGUUUGUGUAUUGAUCUCGGAGGUGGCAUGUCGGGUUCCGCAGACGGAAGCACACACGUGUGUGUGCUUGCUGCUACGACUUGUGUUAGGUCAUGUGUGGCGCUGGGGCGGCAGUGAGCGUGAAGAGAUUGUGCAGAGUCUGCGCAAACAGGCGGUGGUGCGGCAAAUAUUAUCGGAGCCGGGCACCAGCAAGUACGGGAUCAUGUUUAGCCCGACCAAGGCAGGCGCUGUGUUCGCUCGGAAGCGCUCAAACGCACCCCAUGAAGGUCGGGCCGGUGCGGCCCGGACUUUCCUCGAAAAGAUUGCCGACCAUUUCCUUGACCAGGACGACGAUGGAGACGACGAUGAAGACGAGGCCGCAGCCGCCAACGACUUCCUCACCUACAAGACGCCCCUUGACGAAGGCGUCUUCGAUAUGCUAGUCAGCACUCGCCAGGCCUGGCCAACGUUGCUUACCGAACUCGGCGAAGCACUCUUCGCCGACCACUACGCUAACGAUGACGACCGGGAGAAGAAAAACGUCCCGGACAAAAACGACCAGGUCCCCGGCCUCGUUGAACGGUUCGUGACGCGGCUGGGUCCGUGUCCGGAGUACACAAGUAGGGCGGCAUUGUUGUACCGCGUGCUGGUCUCGUUUCUGUCGCGCCGACUCUUAAUCAUGGAGGACAGCGAGUUGCUGGAUAUACGUGGAGAUCCACACGGCUCCGCACCACACGGCUCCGCAGAUCCACACGGCUCCGCAGAUCCACACGGCUCCGUAGAUCCACACGGGUUUGCACAGACGACCGUGCAGUCCGUGUGGACGGCCAUGGCGCAGCGAGGUUUCCCCUUGGCGGGUGCGUUACAGUUGAAGGUGUUAGCCCAGUUUAUUAACUGUGUGUCCUUGGCAAUGACCACGCAACUGCAUGGCUACAUGGAGCGGCGCGGACUCCGUCGUGGUUCGGCCACCUACCUGGUUUCUGACUCUUGCGAACUGGCACGGCUUCUUAGCCACCGUCUGGGGCGCAUGAAACUUCCGGUGACCUGGAUGCACUUGGCUGCCAUGGAACGGCCGUUGGCGCCCCGGUUGCAGGGUUCAGAACUGGCGGCUGGAACCACGGCUGCGGUUCCUGACUUGACGGCGGCGGACGUGGAGAUGGUGGCGGCGGACGUGGAGAUGGUGGCGGCGGACGUGGAGAUGGAGGAGGCGGUUCCCGAGUUAGGAGAGAAGGUGGAGAUUGUUGUAGAGACUGAUAUGCCGAGUGGGUAUGGAUUAUUGGUCUCACAGUUGUCGGCAUUGCCGCACGCAGUAUCGUUUGAUUUGCGUUUGAAAUUGUUGUCGGAAAUAUUGCGUCGUGAUCGUGUGAAUCGUCACGGAAGUUCUUUAGGGUAUCCGUCUUAUUUUGUGACGAUUCGUCGAAGCCACUUGUUAGAGGAUACGGUGGCGAAUAUGGAGGCAUUACGAGUUAACAAUCGUGUGGGUGUAAAGUUUGUCGACGAGUUUGGAAUGGUAGAGAGUGGAGUAGAUGCAGGUGGAUUGACACGAGAAUGGUUGAUGAUACUUUCAAGUACAAUUGCUACAAGUGAUUUCGAUCUAUUUGCAGAAUCCGAAUCACAUCAGCUUAUACCUAACCCUAUCUAUGAGGAGUAUGCAUUGCAGGUUAAAAAAUACAUGAUAGCACCUGCACAUGUGCUUUUCGAACUUUGCGGACUUAUAAUUGGUAAAGCUAUAUGCGAACAAAUGGUCCUCUCUUCACUUCAACUGAGUCCCGUACUCCUUAACCGAGUCAUGGGUUACGGAAAUACACUUGAUGAUCUGAAAACAAUAGACCCUCAAAUGUACCACAGUAUAGGACAUAUAAGAAAUCUAUGUACCAAAGAUACGAAUCAUGUCAAUAAUCCUACUCUAGUAGAUAAUAUUGGCCUAACAUACUCCGCUACAUUAACUCAUAAGACGUUGUCUAAAGAGGUCCCUUUAAUUCAGAAUGGUCAUAAUAGAUAUGUUACAGCGGAGAAUGGUGUAUACUUUUGUAUGCUCCUUUCUGACUUCUUUGUCAACAAGUCACUAGAUAAACCAAGUCACUAUAUUUCUACAGGUCUACAAUGUUAUUUACAACGAACCUGGAUUCGUUUGUUUAAUGCACACGAACUAGGUGUUCUAAUAUCAGGUAAAUCAACAUGGUCCAUUAUGGAAUUACAGGAGGUAGUUAUAUAUCAUAUUCCAUACACCAAGGAUCAUCCUACAAUCAAGACAUUCUGGUGUGUUCUACAUGAAUUAUCCAUUGGACCAGACGGCGAUAAUUUCAAAUCAAAAUUACUCAAAUUCAUGUUCGCUUAUGAAAAACCACCUCUACUAGGAUUCCAAUCACUUCAUCCUGUACCAGGUAUCGGAUCAACAUCAAACAAUAAUGAUCUUCCCACAGCUUCCACUUGUAUACAUCUUCUUAAGAUACCUGAUCUUGGAAAUGAUCAUGACUCAAUGAAAAAAAAAAUUCUGCUUGCCGUCACUAACACUGUUGGCUUCGACUUUGCCUAA